CAGUUCAGAACAAACAUGGCGUCUGUCGGCAGAGAAACGAGACGACUCCUCGUCCUACGACUCCUCAUCGUCUCUAUCCCAGCAUGCAUUGGGCUUGGAGGAGUGUUUGUGAGCAAACCCGAGGCCAGCGUUUUCCUGCAUCGCAGUCGUCGGGCAAACUUCCUGUUCGAAGAAUUAAAGCAUGGUAACCUCGAGCGAGAGUGUAUGGAGGAGAAAUGUUCAUAUGAGGAGGCAAAGGAGAUCUUCGCCCUGCCACAGCAGCUGGAGGCGUUCUGGAGGACGUACACAGCUGUGGAUCACUGCCUCUCGUCUCCCUGUAAGAACGGAGCGACCUGCACUCGCCACGUUGACACCUACGUCUGCAAAUGUCCACCUGCUUUCCAUGGAUACAACUGCGACAAAGCACGUUUGACCUCCCAUGGCUGUCGCUACAGAAACGGAGGAUGCGAACAUUUCUGCAGAGACUUUCCAGAUCGUUCUUUCGUCUGUUUUUGUGCUCCAGGAUACAGUCUGGAUCGGGACAACAGCACCUGUGUGCCCAAAGAUCGUGUUCCCUGUGGAAGACCUCUGGUGCUCUUUGCCCCCAGGGUUGUUAAUGGGCAGAUCUGCCCCAAAGGACACUGUCCAUGGCAGGCUCUGUUGACUGAAAAUAAUAUCUACACCUGCGGAGCGAUCGUCCUGUCAGAUCAGUGGGUUUUAACUGCAGCUCACUGUGUUUGGCAAAAACCUGUUGCCAUCUUCCAUGUCACUGUCGGUGAACAUGACCGUCAUCAGGACGAGAGGACCGAGCAGAAGCGGCGGGUGAUCAAAGUGGUGACCCACCCUGGUUACAACCAGUCCUCCUCUGAUAGUGACCUGGCCUUACUGAAGCUUUACCGUCCAGUCAAACUGGGUCUCCAUGUGGUGCCCAUUUGCCUUCCUGCCCGGAACAGCACCAUCAUCAGGACACUGGCGACUGUCCGUCACUCCACCGUGUCCGGCUGGGGCCGCCUGGCGCAGUUCGGUCCCCCGGCCAGAUUCCUCCAGCGACUGGUGUUGCCGAGGGUUCCUCUGCAGGAGUGCCGCCUCCACACCAACCUCAACAUCACCAGGAACAUGUUCUGUGCUGGGUACAAGGCUGGCGGUAAGGACGCCUGCGAGGGCGACAGCGGCGGCCCUCUGGUGACGCGCUACAAGAAAACCUGGUUCCUGUCAGGCGUGGUGAGCUGGGGGAAGGGCUGCGCCAAUGAAAACCUGUACGGCGUCUACACCAAAGUCGGCAACUUCCUGACCUGGAUCGAGGAUAUCAUGUCCACUGGCUGAAACUGGUUCAGAGCACAGGGAUUAAAAUCAAGUACAACCAACAUAUAUGCAUCCUACUAUCAAAACAAAAUAUGGACAUAAACAAAAACUGUUUAUGAUUUAUAUUUACCAAUGAAAUGCUACAUAAUUUGUAUUUUUCAUUUUUGUCUUGUCAAAUUAAAGACUCGUCAUAGAUGAAGUUUAAAUUGUUGGCUCAACGUUCAGGCCUUAAAUUUAUUAUUUUAACCUGAGGAAUGUUAAUUCUUUUAAGAGUUAUUGUAAAACAUGUUAUUUUGUUGAAAAUAAAGAGAAAAUUACAACCAAAA